UCCAGGGUGUACGCCGCCUUCCGCCCGAUUGUAGCUGAGACAGGCACCAGCGACCCCAAAAGGGAAUAAGCGGUAGGAAAUGGAUGGAUGGAAGUCGCAUCAAAGCAACAUUUUGGAGCGUGCAUGUGAGGUUCCUCCUCCUGCCGCUGGGGGGCACUAGUCUCCUGACACACAAAGCCUGCCGCUUUUUCGUGCACGCAGCUGGCCGUGUCACUUAGGCGCGUGCACGCGGUAGGUGAAGACGAGGUUAUUUGUCCUCGCCCUCAGCACGAAGGCAGCCCGCCGUUGCGCGCGCACGGUGGCUCGGUAGCGCGGGCGGGGGGGCGCGCGCCGCCGCCACGUCUCGCCUGGACCUUUUGUGUGCCAAGGACACGCGCGCGGACCUGCGCAGCCCACGUCACUUUAGGUAGGCCUCCGCGCACCCGCGUUGCACUCCCAACAAAAGAAGUGUGAGCGCCUUGUUGUUGUUUCUCGGCCGCGCGUGCACGCACCUCGCCUUUCUCCCGCACCUGGCGUGCGCGCGCGUGGUUCCGCGGCGGCGACCAUGGACGCGGGCAGGCUGGAGCAGCACGUGGCCAGCGUGCGCAGAGGAAUGGUCUUCCUCGAGCAGGAGCACGUGACCCUGCUGGCUGGCUUGCACGUGGAGAUCGCGCACCUGAAGAGACGCUGCCAUGAGCUGAGUUGUGAGCUGGACUCCAGGCUACCUGACAGAACCACCACAGAGAAGGAGGCGGAGCUGGUGACACGCUACCAAGCGGCACAGCGCCUCCUGGAGGAGCGGCAGCGAAUGACGGUCGCCGCCCGCGGGGAGCUGCGCCUGGGACGGGCGAGGGCGUCAGAACUGGGUCGCAGCCUGCGCGAGGAGGAGCGCCACUUCCUGGAGGAGCUGAAGCGGCGCAGCCACGAGAUCACGCUGCUGAGUCGGGAGCUGCAGCGCCAGAACGCCGCCACGUCCGCGCUGUGCCGUCAGCUGCACGCCGCCCGCGCCAAACUCCGGCAGCAGCGAGGGUACGUGGCGGGCGCCGCUCAGGGGCAGGAAGGACGAGAGGAGGGAGGCGAGGCCGCGGACUGGCUGCUGACCCCACCGCCUCCCGGCGACACCGCGGCGAGACGCGGCGUGAGGGAGGCGCGGGUCCGAGCCUGCGUCCCCCAGGAGAGAGUGACAUCGCCACAGAGGCCACACCCCAUGCCUGACCCCGCCCUCUUCCUGGUGCCCUUCAGAUUCCGCCUCCUCCGCUGGAGCCGGCCAAUCAGACUGCAGGAUGCCGAGGACGACUGGGAGGACGUGGACGAGGACGGGCUGCACGGGAGGGUGGACAUGGGCACCGCCGAGGGAGAGACGGCGCUGUGAUGACGACGGAGGGGGCGGAGUCAGCCUUCAGCCACGCCCAAUGGGAUAAGAGGAAUGUCGUCUAGUAUUCCAUUCAGGUAGUGUCCUUUGGCUCGAUUGACGUGUAGGAGGAGGACACUGAUUGGCUGUGGAUGUAGCAGAAGCCCCGCCUCCCAGCCUGCUAGGAAUGUGAGCGCUUAUUAAAGUGAAGCAUUGAUCUGACAGCAA